AUGCUCAAGUGUGAAAGGGUGGUUGGUCUUGGUGAAAUUGGUCUGGAUCACUUAGUACCUGAUAAACAGAUGCCACGCCAUAAUGAUUUAGUGCGUGCAAUGUUGCACAUGAUCAAUGAUCGCCAUGUGGUGGUCGUUCACUGUCGUGGGACAUCUGGUGACAGUGGAAUGGAGGCCUAUCUUCUGCUUCUGCACCUUCUGAGUCCCAUUUCAAGGACUCCGAAGUUUCAUGGAUUCAGUCUGGACCAAUCUGAGGCUUUACGCUCUCUUAAUGAAAACAAGCUCCUUCUUGAGACAGAUGCUCCCUACUUCCGUGCGACUGGCCAUUGGUUUUCAGCACCAAAUCAGUUCUUUCAAAUUGCUGAGGGUGUUGCCAAGUGCCGAAUCGUACCGGUAGAGCAUGUGCUUGAGGUGAGCUGCAAUAAUGCCCUCAGAUUGUACAGAAUGCUGUAG